CGCGGGCGGAGAGCGGCGGUUGGUCGUUCGUCACUGUGUUUUUUUUUGAAAAACUGCCGGUAAAGUGCCGUUAUCCCGCGCGGGAAGCGCGGGGGAGAGAGGGAGAGACCGACCGACCGACCUGGCUGAGAUGGCUGAGCCUUUUGAAACAGGUUUGUUCGAUAUCCCUGACUAUGACCAACUGGAAGAUGAAACAUUUCCACCUCUUCCUCCUCCUUCAUCUCCUGGACAGAUAGAAGGCAAUAGUGAUGAGGAAGCUGGAAGAGCCAAAGACCAAGAUCCACCUGUGGUUGUCAGGAAAGGAGUAAAGAGACCACAGCCCAAACUAGAUGCUCACAGGUUGACUUCAGAGCGAGGAUUGCCAGCGUUACGGACUAUGUUCAAUAAUGUUCGUUUUAAAGGGAAAGGACACGAGACUGAGGAUCUGAAGACUCUGCUUCAGCACAUGGAGCACUGGGCUCACAGAUUGUACCCGAAGCUACAAUUUGAUGAGUUUGUAGAUCAAGUGGAGUCUUUAGGUAGUAAAAAAGAAGUUCAGACCUGUUUGAAGAGGAUUCGUCUUAAUCUACCUAUCACACAUGAUGAUUUCAUCUCUAAAGAAGAGGUAAAAGAAACGGAUGAUCUGCAAAUUGAUGGUGAUCUAGAAAACUCGUUCAGUGGGAGACCUAGUCAGGAGGCAGCAGAACCUACUCCAAGCCCAAGUGUGCUCUCUGAGGAGCAGCGGCUGAGGAUGGAAAGGAACAAACAACUCGCACUAGAGAGGCGACAAGCCAAACUGCACUCGGCAAAUCAAACACCCAGAAAUGAUCUAGGUCAUUCUCAGCCAGCAACUCAGUCCAUGGAACUGAACAAAGUGAAGAUCGUGGAGAGUCCACAUGUGUUUGAUGGUGUAGAUGUAGAAAAUUUAGAAUCUCUAAAAGAGAGAACUGAAACAGUUGACUCUUCUGAACGAGAUCAGGAGCCUGAAUGCCCAGCGAUAGAGGAAGAUCUUACUAUGGAAACUCUGGAUGCUUCUACUGAGGUAACUGAAGAAACAGACUCUUCUAAAUCAAUCCAGGAAUCCAAAACAGAAACGGCUGAAAUCUCUAAUAUCUCUCUGGAGAGAGCAACCAAGGUGGAAAAUGUAAUCACGGGAACAUUAACUGAGCCAACAGAUGCUUUGAAACCAAUGUUGGAGCAAGAAUCCACCAAAGAGGUUGACUGAACACGUUUCUUGUGAAGUCUUAAAUUGCUUAUGAUGGUUGUUAAAGGUCUUAGUAACUAGAGGUAUAUGACAACUGUAUAUAUAGUUCAUGUAUUCUGGUUGAGCAAUGAAGCUUUAUUCAAGGAGUAAGGUAUGUGACUACAUGAAGGAUAAUUCCUUCAUUGUUUUCACAAGAGUACUACACGCUGAUCACAAAGUGCUUAUUUUUACUCCCAGCUUUCUGCAAGACGGGAUUAACCAUAAAAUCCAUUUUGUUUAGGGUUUCACCUUUGCUGUUCACUAUUUAAAGCUAGAAAUCUUUUUAAUUCCCAGGUAUUGAGUCUGUCUCAAUGUGCUUGGGGCCCAGUAAUCCUGUCCAUCACCUUCCCCUUUUUGGUGGUAAAGUGUUGGAAAGAAAUUAUCACCAGAAGGUCACACACACGCCAUUUUCUCUUUGUAGUUCUAUGUGGAAGUUCAAUGAACCCUGUUAUUUGGUAUAUUCUGUGAUGUAGGUGGUAUAAACCACCUUUAUGAAAGUUCAUAUAUCAAGGGAAAAUAAUGACAUGAGACUUUUUGUAGUUAAAUGCUUCUGAAUAAAAAAUAUUUACAUUAAACUCAAAUCAGUUCACCA